AUGGACCCGGAACGUCGCAAGGUUGUCGAGAAGUCGAUGAAGCGGAAGCUCGAUGCUAGAUGCUCGCUGUUCAUCUUGAUCUACAUCAUGAAUUAUCUGGAUCGCAACAACAUGGCAGCUGCCAGGUUGAAGGGCCUACAAGAGGAUUUGAAUCUCAGCGACACACAGUACGCAACAUGUUUGAGUAUUCUCUAUGUGGGAUACAUUCUUAUGCAGGUCCCUUCCAAUAUCAUCAUCAACCGCAUUACAAGACCCAGCUGGUACAUCGGUGCAGCUAUGCUUCUUUGGGGUCUGAUCUCGACACUCUCCGGAGUCGCCCAAGGUUUCGGUGGAAUGGUCGCGAUAAGAUUCUGCUUGGGUUUCGUCGAGGCUGCAUUCUUGCCCGGCGCUCUUCUUAUCCUUUCGAAAUGGUACACUCGCAGCGAAUUGACCAAGAGAAACGCUCUCCUCUUCUGCGGCAACCUCAUCUCCAACGCUUUCUCAGCACUUGUUGGUGCUGGUGUUUUGUCGAAUAUGCAAGGUGUGCUUGGCCACGCGGCAUGGCGCUGGUUGUUCUGGAUCGAAGGAGCUGUCACCAUGGGUGUUGCCAUUACCGCUGCUUUCGUCUUGCCGGAUCUGCCCACCAACUCGAAAGGCUUCACCGAGGAGGAGCUGCAGGUCGCUCAGCUCCGUAUGAUCGAGGAUGUUGGUGAAGUUGACGAAGACAGCACCGAAGACGGUGUGUUUGACGGUCUCUUGAUGGCACUCAAAGAUCCCAAGAUCUACGUCUUGAUGUUCACUCUCACCGCCUACGUGGUUGGUCUCAGUUUCAACGCCUUCUUCCCUUCGCUCACAAAGACUCUGGGUUUCGGUUACGUUCCUACUCUGCUCAUGAGCGCUCCCCCAUGGGCAUUCGCCUGUAUUGUUUCCCUCAUCAACGCCUGGCACGCCGAUCGCACUCAAGAGAAGUUCUGGCAUAUUGUGGGACCCAUCUGUCUUGGACUUAUCGGCUUCAUUAUCAACAUGUCUACCCUGAACACGGCAGGUCGUUAUGUUGCUCUGUUCCUGCAAGCAAGUUCCUAUGCGGGAUUCAUUGUCUUCUACUCGUGGAUCUCAUCGAGUUUCCCUAGACCACCUGCCAAACGUGCCGUCGCGAUUGCUCUGGUCAACGCGUUCAGUCAGCUCGGAAACGUCGCUGGAUCAUACGUCUGGGAUCUCACGGCCAACGGAUACCGCAACUCAUAUGGUAUUGUGACAGCCAUGUUUGGUGUCACGAUCGCCGGAUGUGUCGUCAUGAAGAUGAUCUUGGUCAAUCUGAACAAGAAGCUCGAGGCUGGAGAGGCCGAAGCAUGGUCUACUAGACCCGAUGUUGCUGAGCACACUGCUGAGAAGGAGUACUUGGACAGCCCAGAUGAGGCACUGAGAAUGAGACAGGGCUUCAGGUACCUCGUCUAA